GCGCGGAGGAGGAGGUGCCGCGCGUCGCCGAGGUGGCACCGGCGACUCCGCCCCGGCGCUCUCCCAAGGCCCCCAGCUUUCCGCUGGGCUCGGCGGAAAUGAGCCGCUGCUCCGGGCGGGUGGCGGAGCCCCGGGAGCUGGGCGGGCGGCGCCGCUGGCUGGGCCCGGUCCCGCCCCGCCCCAGCGGCCGCUGACCUGUGCGGCGGGCGGUGACAGGGGCAGCCCCGAGGUGCUCUCCCUGCGCGCCACGCCCCCUGCCCGCCCUCCUGUCCUUCGGAGGCACGCCCCCUCCCGCCUCUCGGCUUCGACCCCCUCGGGGGCCCAGGCGGGGCCCAAAUCUCCGCCAGCAUCGCCGCCAUCGUCUGCGCUGCGUCCCUAGCUCAGCGAAGGACAGGCCUCGCGCCGGGACCCCCAUCGACUUCUGAGGUGCCGGCAUGGUGGGGGAGCUCCGCUACAGGGAAUUCCGAGUGCCCCUGGGGCCGGGCUUGCACGCCUAUCCAGAUGAGCUGAUCCGCCAGCGUGUGGGCCACGAUGGGCAUCCUGAGUACCAGAUCCGCUGGCUUAUCCUCCGGCGUGGGGAUGAUGGGGAAGGGGGCUCUGGCCAAGUGGACUGCAAGGCUGAGCACAUCCUCCUGUGGAUGUCCGACGACGAGAUCUACGCCAGCUGCCACAAGAUGCUGGGCGAGGACGGCCAGGUCAGCGGGCGGCCUCCGGAGACUGCUGGGGAGGCUGGGGCCCUGGACCAGUCUGUGCUGGGGGAAAUGGAAACCGAUGUGAAGUCUUUGAUUCAGAGGGCCCUCCGGCAGCUGGAGGAGUGUGUGGGCACCAUCCCUCCCGCUCCUCUGCUCCACACGGUCCACGUACUCAGCGCCUACGCCAGCAUCGAGCCCCUGACUGGGGUAUUCAAAGACCCAAGGGUCCUGGACCUGCUCAUGCACAUGCUGAGUAGUCCUGAUUAUCAGAUCCGCUGGAGCGCCGGCCGCAUGAUCCAAGCCCUGGCCUCCCAUGAUGCCGGCACCCGGACCCAGAUCCUUCUGUCACUGAGCCAGCAAGAAGCCAUUGAGAAACACCUGGAUUUUGACAGCCGCUGUGCUCUGCUGGCUCUGUUUGCGCAGGCCACGCUCUCUGAACACCCCAUGUCUUUCGAGGGCAUUCAGCUGCCACAGGUCCCAGGAAGGCUGCUCUUCUCCCUGGUGAAGCGCUAUUUGCAUGUCACUUCCCUUCUGGACCAGCUGAAUGACAGUGCUGCAGAACCAGGAGCCCAGAACAACUCUGCUCCCGAGGAGUUGAGUGGCGAAAGGGAUCGCCUGGAGCUGGAGUUCAGCAUGGCCAUGGGCACCCUGAUCUCAGAGCUGGUGCAGGCCAUGCGCUGGGACUGGGCCUCAAGCAGACAGGGGCUCUCGGCACGGUCCUCCUGCUCCAUCUUCCAGCCCCAGCUGGCAGAGGCCGGCCUGGGGCUGCCACCCACCAGGGCCCAGCCCUCUGUUAGGAGGUCACGGAGAUUCCGCCCACGCUCUGAGUUUGCAAGUGGCAACACUUACGCCUUGUAUGUGCGAGAGACGCUGCAGCCCGGGAUGCGAGUGCGCAUGCUGGAUGACUACGAGGAGGUCAGCGCUGGGGACGAGGGCGAGUUCCGUCAGAGCAACAACGGCGUGCCCCCCGUGCAGGUGUUGUGGGAGUCGACGGGCCGUACCUACUGGGUACACUGGCACAUGCUGGAAAUUCUGGGCUUUGAGGAAGACAUUGAGGAUGUGGUUGAGGCUGAUGAGUACCAUGGGGCAGCAGUCCGUGGAGCCCUGGGUUCAGGUCUGCCCUCCUGGCGGUGGAAGCCCAUGACAGAGCUCUAUGCGGUGCCCUGCGUGCUGCCCGAGGAUGAAGAUGCUGAAGAGAGCGAACACCUCUCCCAGGCGGAGUGGUGGGAGCUCCUCUUCUUCAUCAAGAAGCUGGACGGACCCGACCAUCAGGAGGUUCUCCAGAUCCUCCAGGAGAACCUGGAUGGGGAGGUUCUGGAUGACGAGGUCCUGGCUGAGCUGACUGUGCCCAUAGAGUUGGCCCAGGAUCUGCUGCUGGCUCUGCCACAGCGGCUCGACGACAGCGCUCUCAGGGACCUGCUCAACUGCCGUGUCUACAGGAAAUAUGGGCCUGAGGCCCUGGCGGGGCAGCCAGCUUACCCAACACUGCUGGAAGCCCAGGCCCAGCCUCAGGAAUCAGCACGUGCAGCCGGAGUGGAAGGAAAAGAAUCCCUAACUCAGUAUCCCGACACUCCUCUGUGGCGACUGAUGGAGGGCUGCGGUCCGCCUGGGAGAACCUUCCUGGACUUGGAGCGAGCCCUCAGCUCAGGGGGCCCCCAGGAGACAGAGAUCAAGCCGUUCCUGAUCCAGCUGCAGCGGCAGCCCCGGCCCUUCCUUACCCUGAUGCAGAGCCUCGGCACCCCGGCGGCCAACAAGCCCCUGCACCUGAGCGUUCUGAGAAUCCUGAUGCAGCUGGUGGACUUCCCCGAGGCGCUGCUGCUCCCCUGGCACGAGGCCAUGGACGCCUGCAUGGCCUGUCUGCGGUCACCCGACACUGACCGAGAGGUGCUCCAGGAGCUCAUCUUCUUCCUGCACCGCCUAGCCUCCGUGAGCAGGGACUAUGCUGUGGUGCUGAAUCAGCUGGGAGCCCGAGAUGCCAUCUCCAAGGCCCUGGAAAAGCACCUGGGAAAACUGGAGCUGGCUCAGGAGCUGCGGGACAUGGUGUUCAAGUGUGAGAAGCAUGCCCACCUCUACCGGAAACUCACUACCAACAUCCUGGGAGGCUGUAUCCAGAUGGUGCUGGGCCAGAUCGAAGACCACAGACGGACCCGCCGACCCAUCAACAUCCCCUUCUUUGACGUGUUCCUCCGGCAUCUGUGCCAGGGCUCCAGUGUGGAAGUGAAGGAGGACAAGUGCUGGGAGAAGGUGGAGGUGUCCUCCAACCCACACCGGGCCAGCAAGCUGACGGACCGCAACCCCAAGACCUACUGGGAGUCCAACGGCAGCGCCGGCUCCCACUACAUCACCUUGCACAUGCACCCGGGCGUCCUCAUCAGGCAGCUGACUCUGCUGGUGGCUGGUGAAGACUCGAGCUACAUGCCGGCCAGGGUGGUGGUGUUUGGGGGCGACAGUGCCAACUCUCUUAACACAGAACUCAACUCGGUCAACGUGAUGCCCUCCGCCAGCCGGGUGAUCCUCCUGGAGAGCCUGACCCGCUUCUGGCCCGUCGUCCAGAUCCGCAUAAAGCGCUGCCAGCAGGGCGGCAUCGACACGCGCAUCCGGGGGUUGGAGGUCCUGGGCCCCAAGCCCACCUUCUGGCCGGUGUUUCGGGAGCAGCUGUGCCGUCACACACGUCUCUUCUACAUGGUUCGGGCGCAGGCCUGGAGCCAGGACAUAGCAGAGGACCGCAGGAGCCUCCUGCACCUGAGUUCGAGACUCAACGGGGCUCUGCGCCAAGAGCAGAAUUUUGCUGAUCGCUUCCUCCCUGAUGACGAGGCUGCCCAAGCACUGGGCAAGACCUGCUGGGAGGCCCUGGUCAGCCCCCUGGUGCAGAACAUCACCUCGCCCGAUGAGGAUGGCAUCAGCCCCCUGGGCUGGCUGCUGGACCAGUACCUGGAGUGUCGGGAGGCUGCCCACAACCCCCAGAGCCGCGCAGCUGCUUUCUCCUCGCGGGUGCGCCGCCUCACCCACCUGCUGGUGCACGUGGAGCCCUGUGAGGCGCCCCCUCCGGCUGUGGCCACUCCCCGGCCCAAGGGCAGAAACCGGAGCCACGACUGGAGCUCCCUGGCCACCCGGGGGCUGCCCAGCAGCAUCGUGAGAAACCUGACCCGCUGCUGGCGGGCGGUGGUGGAGGAGCAGGUGAACACCUUCCUGACCUCGCACUGGCGGGAUGAGGACUUCGUGCCGCGCUACUGCGAGCACUUCCAUAACCUGCAGAAGUCGAGCUCCGAGCUGUUCGGGCCCAGGGCCGCCUUCUUGCUGGCGCUGCACAACGGCUGUGCUGGCGGCUUGCUGAAGCUCCCGUUCCUCAAAGCUGCCCACGUGAGCGAGCAGUUUGCCCGGCACAUCGACCAGCGGAUCCAGGGCAGCCGGAUUGGCGGGGCGCGGGGCAUGGAGAUGCUGGCGCAGUUGCAGCGCUGCCUGGAGACAGCCCUCCUGUUCUCCGGCCUGGACAUGGCCACCGCCUUCGAGCAUUACUACCAGAGGAUACAGGGGGGCCACGAGGCCAGUGACAAGGAGCACAAGGGAGAGAAGGCAGAGGAGGCAGAGGGAGCUGGGGCGGCAGCAGCCACAGACGUGGCGGGGGAGGACGAGGAGGACGAGGAGGAAGACGAGGAUCUCUACUAUGAGGGGGCGAUGCCCGAAGUGUCCGUGCUAGUCCUGUCACCGCGCUGCUGGCCCAUUGCCUCCAUCCGCCACACGCUGAACCCCCGGACCUGCCUGCCCUCCUACCUCAGGGGCACUUUGAAUCGAUACACCAACUUCUACAGCAAGAGUCAGAGCUACCCAACCCUGGAGCGGGGCCUGCAGAGGCGGCUACAGUGGACGUGGCUGGGCCGGGCUGAGCUGCAGUUUGGGGACCAGACCCUCCAUGUGUCCACCGUGCAGAUGUGGCUGCUGUUGUAUCUCAAUGACCUGAAGGCUGUCUCCGUGGAGAGCCUGCUGGCGCUCUCCGGGCUCUCUCCAGACAUGCUCGAUCAGGCAAUUGGGCCUCUUACCUCUUCGAGAGGCCCCCUGGACCUUCAAGAGCAAAAGGAUGUCCCAGGAGGGGUGCUGAAGAUUCGAGAUGCCAGCGAGGAGCCCAGGCCAAGGAGGGGCAACGUGUGGCUCAUCCCACCUCAGACGUACCUGAAAGCCGAGGAUGAAGAGGGUCGGAACCUGGAGAAGAGACGGAACCUUCUGAACUGCCUCAUUGUCCGAAUCCUCAAGGCACAUGGGGACGAGGGGCUGCACAUUGACCAGCUUGUCUGUCGGGUCCUGGAUGCUUGGCAGAAGGGCCCGUGUCCUCCCAGGGGGCUGGUCAGCAGCCUUGGUAGGGGGUCUGCCUGCAACAGUACCGACGUCCUCUCCUGCAUCCUGCACCUCCUGGGCAAGGGCACAGUGAGGCGCCAUGACGACCGGCCCCACACACUGUCCUAUGCGGUCCCCGUGACAGUGAUGGAGCCUCACACCGAGUCCCUGAACCCAGGCUCCUCAGGCCCCAACCCACCCCUCACCUUCCAUACCCUGCAGAUUCGCUCUCGGGGCGUGCCCUAUGCCUCCUGCACCGGCACCCAGAGCUUCUCUACCUUCCGGUAGCCCUGGAAGCGGGACCAGGGCUUUGUACGGAAAUAAAAUGCAGGAGUUUGAUUA